AUGAUUGCAAUACUACUGGAUGAAGAUGAAGCAGCAAAAAAAAAAAUAGUAAAAAAAAGAAAACGAACCUGGGUUCAUGAUAUGUGGAAGAAAAGAAAUAUUGAAGGAGAAUUCACAACACUAUACAAUGAAUUAGUAGAUCACGAAACCAAGUUUUUUGAGUACUUUCGGAUGUCGAAAUAUAGUUUUGAUAUUUUAUUAUUAAAAAUUCAAGAUGAUAUAAAAAGACAAGACACUCAUUGGAGGCUGGCGAUAUCUCCCAUGGAAAGACUUGCAGUAACUCUAAGAUUUUUGCCAACCGGAGAUUCGUUCAAAACUAUUUCUUUUAGUUAUCGAUCAGGCAAUUCUACUGUUUAUCAGAUAGUUAUUGAGACGUGUAGAGCUAUAAUACAUCGAUUAAUGCCUGAAGUCAUGCCACCUCCAACUGAAGAUCGGUGGGAACAAAUAGCUCAAGAUUUUUGGAUGUUGUGGAAUUUACCAAAUUGCUUAGGGGCGAUUGAUGGGAAGCAUGUCACUAUUCAAGCUCCUCCAAAUAGUGGUUCCAAUUACUAUAAUUAUAAAAAAACAUUUUCGAUUGUUUUACUUGCUUUGGUUGACGCACAUAAUAAUUUCAUAGCGGUUGAUGUAGGCUCAUAUGGGAAAAAUAGUGAUGGAGGCAUAUUAGCUCACUCAAAUUUAGGAAAAGCCUUGGAAAAUAACUCACUGAAAAUUCCAGAAUCUAAAACACUUCCAGGAACUAACACCUAA